UCGCGUAUAAAUGACGGCUCUCUUGAGACCGUAGGUGGUGCUCACAGCGUGUAUUUUCAUCGGGAGUUCCGUUGAUCCCUCAAACUUGAUGCAGUACGACAUCCAAGUGCUUGAUGCCAAACAUUUUUUAUCCGGGGAAGGGGUUCCGGCUGCUAUCUGUUCCUCUUGGCGUGAGCCGGCAUCGUUUUGAGUUGCAUUGGUGAUGGGAUAGAACACAUGCCGCGGUCGGUGGACGCCUGCAAGAGACCGCGUUAAGUGGAGUGGGUCCGUCGCGUUGCUGCACACCCCAUGUCCGAAUGACUAAUCCAGCCUCAUCCGAGCAUCUUUCGUAGCACCAGCAACGCCAACUGCCAGUUUAGCCCGGCUUGGUCUUUCUUCUCUGCCGUCGACUUUAUGAGAGAUUGCGACCAUGAAUAACGAACAAUUUCGGAAGCUUCUGGGCGCCGACUCAGUCAAGCCCAAAUCUCCAAGCAAUGCAGCGUCUCAAAGCAGCGACAGCCCGGUUGUUUCUGGCGCGUUGGGAUCGCGACAGCGAUCAAGCAUUCCCAUGACUCCGCGCUCUGUCGGAGGUGGAAACAGUCGAAACGAAUUUGCGCGGCAGCUGGCUGCGAGGAAUCAAACGACCCAGCCCCAAAAGAAAUUUCGUACAUCAACACCGAAAGGAUCCCGACUUGCGGACGGAUAUGUUGACCGAGCACGAGAACGAACCGACGAAGAAGAGGAAGACGACCGCGCAAAGAGGAUAAAGGCACUGGAACAAGCGCUGAAGAAUGAGGAGAUUGACCAGGCGACGUUCGAGAAGCUCAGUAGCGAAAUCGCAGGAGGAGACCUUUCGAGCACGCAUUUGAUCAAAGGAUUGGACUUCAAGCUUCUGGAGAGGGUGCGAAAAGGCGAGGAUGUCUACGGAGAUAGCAAAAACGGCCCCGAUGAAGAAGAAGGUCCGCCCGAAGAAGAGGUAGACGAAGCAUUCGAUCAGCUGGCAGAUACAGAGGUGCAGGCUGUCGAAAAAGAGAAGGUCAAAAAGAAGGGCCAGUUCGCACCCGUGGCGCUUGCUCCUGGAAAGAAGAGGAGCCGUGACCAGAUUCUGGCCGAGAUGAAGGCCGCGAGAGAGGCCGCCAAGGCUGAGCAGGAAGCUGCGCUGGGCAACAAGUUCAAGAAGAUCGGCGCCAAGCAACAACCCGGAACUCGAAUCGAGCGAGACAGCAAGGGUCGCGAAGUCUUGAUUAUCGUCGACGAAGAUGGUCAUGAGAAGAGAAAGAUCCGCAAGGUCCAACCGGGCGCUGUACAGGAACAGCGCAACGAGUUCAUUCCGGACAAGGACGCGAAACCGCUGGGGAUGGAGGUUCCCGAGUUUUACAAGAAGCAACAGGAGGAGCUCGAAGAAGACGAGAACGAUGACAUUUUUGCCGAUGCAGGAGAUGAUUACGACCCGCUUGCAGGGAUGGACGACAGUACCGACGAAGAUAGCGACGGCGAGGUCAAGGACAAGAAAGAGGAGGUUAAGGACGAACGAAGCGCCGACACAAUAGCGAUGCCGCCACCGCCGCGGCCGGUGCAGGCUCGCAACUAUUUCAAGGACGCCAAGACGGAUCUCAUCUCCUCACAGGCGCUCAAGGGCCCUUCCAUGUCCGACCCAGCUAUCCAGGCUGCUUUCAAGAGGGCAGCACAGCUCAACGCGGCGAACAAGGACCGCCAGGACGACGAAGAGGACGAAGACGACGAGGAGGCCAGGGCCCGGCGGGAGCGGCACAAGAGAAUGUUGCAGAGCGUGGACCGAGACGCCGAAGAUUUGGACAUGGGCUUCGGCACCAGCAGGUUUGAAGACGAAGCGGACUUUGACGAGGCGCCGGUCAAGCUUUCGCAAUGGGGCAACGAUGACGAAGACGAAGGAGACGGCCAGGGCGGCAAAAGCAAAAGGAAGAGGGGUGCCAAGAAGAGGAAGGGCGACGCCAACAACGCGGCUGAUGUGCUCCGGGUGAUGGAGCAACGGAAAGCGGCAAGCAAGUAGUAGGUUUGAACGGGCGAGCGACGGCCGUGAUGAAGAGUAAACGCAUGUCUGUUGCUCUCUUGCGGCUGGUUCUCCAGUUUGCCAUCACGGCACGCCAUUCGCAAACAUACACUCAGCCACUGUUUGUACAAAUUGAUACCCUUGACGC